GUCUAGGGCUCGCUGCUGAAAAGCCUGCUGGAUCUUCUAGUGACCUGCUGUUCUUUCCUGCUUUCCUGUGUUUUUUUCCCUUCAGAUUUAGAUUAAAAACAAAGCUCGCUCUCUCUCACUGUUUUUUCUCCCACUUCUUUUUCUUUUCUAUUCCAACUGACAAGCCAACCCUUCAGUUUCGGGUUCUGCGCGCUCCUAUAAGAAGAAGAGAGACUGGAGGUACUGUAGAUUGUUGGUGAAUUUGGAUGGUGGAGUGUAGUGUUCGUGUCUUGUUGGUGAAGGGACAGGGAAUGGGGAGUACUUAGGUGUAACGCUCGAGUUUCACUGCCAUGUCAGUGCGCGUGGACUCUUAACUGAUCACAGAGCGAGAGAGACAGAGAGAGAGAGAGAGAAACGAGACUGCGACUUUGGUUACACCGAGGAGACAGAAAGAAGGAAAAGGAGCCAAAGUGUGAGUGUGGGGAUCCGUUUGACCGUGAGACUUGACGGAUGCACUGACGGACUGAGCUCUUCCAGCUGUGUCGACAGGCUCCCGUGUUGGAGAGACAGACAGAGAAGAACAGAAAUAAGAGAAAAAAGCGGGACUGGGCAGGAGUGAGGACUGCUUUCUCCAGCCUUGCCUGAGACCAGAGCAGGAGGAGAGAUCUGGACUAGGCUGUGUUCCUGGUUGAGGGCAGCGGAGUGGAGGGCCAGGGGACGGGCUCUGACCUGGCCAUCAAACGGACUGUGAGCAUCUCCUCUCCUGGGACCAUGUACCCUCAGGGCAGGCAUCCGGUCCCUAUUCAGCCUGGCCAGUCUUUCAAGUUCACAGUCCUGGAGACCCUGGACCGCAUCAAGGAGGAGUUCCAGUUCCUCCAGGCUCAAUACCACAGCCUGAAACUGGAGUGUGAGAAGCUGGCCAGUGAGAAGACAGAGAUGCAGAGACACUACAUCAUGUACUAUGAGAUGUCCUAUGGGCUGAACAUUGAGAUGCACAAACAGGCGGAGAUUGUGAAGCGUCUCAGUGCAAUCUGUGCUCAGAUCAUCCCCUUCCUCUCUCAGGAGCACCAACAGCAGGUGGUCCAAGCAGUGGAGAGGGCCAAGCAGGUCACUAUGGCCGAACUCAACGCCAUCAUUGGGCAGCAGCAGCUCCAGCACCUGUCUCACCACACCCCAGGUAUUCCCCUGACUCCCCACCCGUCAGGGCUCUCUCUGGGGGGAGGCUCGGGCCUGCUGGCCCUCACUGGAGCCCUGGGGGUCUCAGCCCACCUGGCCUCCAAGGACGAACGCAACCACCUGGACCCUGAGCACCUGAGAGAGGGUGCGCCCAGCAGGAGUAAGUCGGUGUCAUCGACAGACAGCCAGCCAGUGGAGGAGCGCCAGGGCCCGUCGGGGGGGUACUCCUCCUCCCAGGGAGGGGGCGACGCCAAGAGGAGGCGCUGUGAAGACAAGGAGCCCCUCCCACCUCACUACGACAGUGAUGGGGACAAGAGUGAGGACAACCUGGUUGUGGAUGUCUCUAACGAGGAGCCCACGUCCCCCGUAGGCAGCCCCCAUCACUCCCCCCAUGGGAAUGGUUUGGACCGGGCCCCCAACCUGAGGAAGGAGUUACCAGGGUCCCCCAGGAGCCCUGGGGAGGCCCCCUCCCCCCAACCACCACGCAGCCCCACCCCGGGCAAGGCCAAGGACCCAGCACAGAUGGAGAAGUCUGGGUCGCCGUUGUCUAAGUCGAGCACCCCGUCCCCCUCACACCGUGAGGCCCUUACCCCCGGCCCCGCCGGCCCCAGUACGUCCUGCCUCCGUCUGCUCAGCAAGGCUGCCUCCUCCGCUGACCCCCUGGCUCUCCGCAGUCCCCUGUCUGUGCCCCCCGGUUCGUACCCAGCUCACUUUGGGGUGGUGUCCCACGCAGGCCUCAACGGGGAGCUGGCCAGUCCCGGGGGCUUCGGGGGUGCCCUGACCCUUUCGCCCCAGAUCAGCACCGCCGCCAGUGUCUACACCCGCAGCCCCUUGUCUCUCCAGAUGGCGUAUGAGUCUCGGUCCCACCUCAGGGCCCCAGGGCUGUCCGCUUCACUGCCUGGUGGAUCCUCCGGGGGCAAACCUGCCUACUCUUUCCACGUGAGUGCGGAUGGACAGAUGCAGCCGGUACCUUUCCCUCCAGAUGCCCUGCUGGGCCCGGGCAUCCCGCGGCACGCCCGUCAGAUCCACACUCUGAACCACGGAGAGGUGGUGUGUGCCGUCACCAUCAGCACCUCCACACGCCACGUCUACACCGGCGGCAAGGGCUGUGUCAAGGUGUGGGACAUCAGCCAGCCUGGCAGCAAGAGUGCCAUGGCCCAGCUUGACUGUCUGAACAGGGAUAACUACAUCCGCUCAUGUAAGAUUCUCCCUGAUGGACGGACCCUCAUUGUUGGAGGCGAGGCCAGCACGUUGUCAAUCUGGGACUUGGCCACACCUACUCCCCGCAUCAAGGCGGAGUUGACGUCUUCUGCCCCGGCCUGCUACGCUCUGGCCAUCUCCCCCGACAACAAGGUCUGCUUCUCCUGCUGCAGCGACGGCAACAUCGUAGUCUGGGACCUGCACAACCAGACCCUGGUUAGGCAGUUCCAGGGCCACACUGACGGGGCCAGCUGUAUUGACAUCUCCAACGAUGGGACCAAACUGUGGACGGGGGGGCUGGACAACACAGUACGCUGCUGGGACCUGAGAGAGGGACGACAGCUGCAGCAACACGACUUCACCUCACAGAUCUUCUCUCUGGGCUACUGUCCUGCAGGAGAGUGGCUGGCAGUGGGUAUGGAGAGCAGUAAUGUAGAAGUGCUGCAUGUCUCCAAACCAGACAAGUACCAGCUGCACCUCCACGAGAGCUGUGUGCUCUCACUCAAGUUCGCCUCCUGUGGCAAGUGGUUUGUGAGCACAGGGAAGGACAAUCUGCUGAAUGCAUGGAGGACGCCAUAUGGAGCCAGUAUUUUCCAGUCCAAGGAGUCCUCGUCAGUCCUGAGUUGUGACGUGUCACCAGAUGAUAAGUACAUAGUGACCGGUUCUGGAGACAAGAAGGCCACCGUGUAUGAGGUGGUCUACUGAGAACAGGAAAUAAGGGGGGGAUGAGGGAAAUUUCA